GUUGGCAAGGGCUGCUGCGCUGCUUUGAAGGCCAUGGGCUCCAUAGUGUACGUGACCGAGAUCGAUCCGAUCUGUGCCCUCCAGGCCUGCAUGGAUGGAUUCCGGCUGGUGAAACUCAACGAAGUCAUCAGACAAGUGGACAUCGUCAUCACCUGCACAGGCAACAAGAACGUGGUGACCAGGGAACAUCUGGAUCGGAUGAAGAACAGCUGCAUCGUCUGCAACAUGGGGCACUCCAACACUGAGAUCGAUGUGGCAAGCCUGCGCACACCCGAGCUGACCUGGGAGAGGGUGAGGUCCCAGGUGGACCACGUCAUCUGGCCGGAUGGGAAGAGAAUAGUCCUUCUGGCAGAGGGCCGCCUGCUGACCCUGAGCUGCUCCACCGUCCCCACCUUCGUCCUGUCCAUCACUGCCACCACGCAGGCUUUGGCUUUGAUAGAGCUCUACAAUGCUCCCGAAGGCCGCUACAAGCAAGACGUGUACUUGCUGCCUAAGAAAAUGGACGAGUACGUGGCAAGCCUUCACCUCCCGACCUUCGAUGCCCACCUGACAGAGCUGACGGAUGAGCAAGCAAAAUACCUGGGGCUGAACAAGAACGGACCUUUCAAACCAAACUACUACAG